GUCAGUACUGUCACCAGUGGAAAAUACGCACUCGCACAUACUUUUUGCUACAAGAUUUCUUUCACUACGGAUAGUUAACAACAAUUUUCUAUAACAAAACUAUUAUAUUCACCAUGGGGAAUCUCUGUAUGUCUUGUUGCAAACAAUCAGCUUCACAUGAAAACUUGACACCGGAUUUGGAAACCAGGAGAAGACAACAGAUGGAAGCUGCUGAUAGAAGAAUUGCCGCCCAGCAAUCUCGGGGUAUUAAAAAUAUAGAAGCAGUUAAACGGCAACAAAGAAUAGAUGAAGAAGUGAAGAACCGUCAAGAACAAGCUGGUAACAUGAACAUACAACCCACAUUAAAGUGGCAAGUAAGUUAA